UUGCACAAUUUGCGCUCGGCGAACAGCAAGCAAUCGUAAUGCAAAACUCUUCAACUGGGUAUUAUAGACCCGCGUACAUCAAACGUCAUCCAACGAGGAGGGCGCGCACACAUGGUUAACCUUCGUCUCUUGAACUUGCUGCUGCCGAACAAAACGCGAUUACAUUGCCAUCCACAAGCGAGCCUCAAGUUUCACGCUUCUCGUGGUUUUGUGUUGCUUACUGCUAGUACACAGAACUUCCUUAAUUGUACUUUAUAUCAAUCCUUCAUUUCAUUCCAAGAUUGUACUGCACGCAAAAAAUCGUGUGGAUUGCGUAAACUGUAAAUCGUCACAGCUUGUUAUGAUUGUUCGGUGUUAGUUGCUGUGAAACGGGCGGCUCCAACCCGUCGGCGUACGUUGAGGAUUUCCUGUAAUCGCACAAAACCCAAAGUACCAUUCCGGGUGUACAGUGCACUGUGUGAGAUUGUAAAUUUUCGAAGUUUGAUCGGUAAGCUGAUGCGUGCAAAGGGACCGUCAGUGCGUACAUAGGUUCUAUCGGACCGUUUACUAGUGAAUACGGCACAGAUUGAUGUGGUUUCGUGAAGAAAAGUGUGUCCCCGCAAGUGUUAGCUAAACAGCUGCAGCGGCAUUUGUGGCUGAAGGUGCAACGCAGCAGACACGGGCUCCGACGCACUAGUUCGGAUUGAAGUGCAUUGCAAACAGUGGUUAAAGAGUGUGUGAAAAGUGUUAACGAAUACAUUCCGGCAUUCGCUACAGUGAUCGGUGGAAAGCAUAGUUCGCAGGACUGCAAGACUGACCAGAACAAAAACCCAGCAUGAAUCGAAUGGCGUUGAAGAAAUCUUCCUACGGAAUGGGAGAGGACGAUGACGAGGAGGAGGAAGAGGCUGACGAUAAGGGGGGCGAUUCAACGGACUCCGAUUUCGAUGACGACGAAGAUCCGGACGAGAUAGAAGUACCAGGCGGUGGGAAAGAUCUUGCAACGGUUGCCACGCUGACUAAAAAGUACAAAACGGAAUCGGCAAGCUCAUCGAACAUUGGUGGCAUUGCUACCGAACUCGGUAUGGCAGCAACCGGCAUUAAUAAAACCGAUCAGCAGCAGCAACAGCAACCAGCAUCGGUGCAGCUGAACAAGAUCGCCAAUUUUGUGAUUAAGCAACCCUCCAAAGAUUCGAUAGUGGCGACUGCAAGUGGUGGUGGUGGUGGGACGGCCGGGAUUGGUAGUACACUUCUAUCAAAAUCCACCCCACUGAGUGCCAUGAUGAAGCCAAGCAUCGGUUCGAGGUUGGGUGGGGUUGGUGGCACACCAAACAUUAUCGGCACUGGGGGCAGUGUCGGUGAAGGCAGAAUGGUGGCGACGGAAGGAGGUGCAUCGACUUCAUCUUCGUCCACAGGAAGUCAACAUUGGGUGGGUGGUGGUGGUGGUGGUGGCGGCCCUAGUGGUAUCGGUAGCGGAUAUACCACCACCGUCCAUGGGAAACCGAUCGGGACGACGAAGGCAAUGGCGACGAGUACGGUAACGUCGACGGUAUCGACAACGCCUCCGGUCACUGGAACGGUACCGCCGGGAGCGACCAGCAUAUUGGGCGGCCUGGGCAGCUACUAUCCGCCGAGCAUUGCCACUCUGCUGGCGCAGAUGGAGAUGUCCGGAAUGGGUUACGGUGGGUCAAACACAUCGCUUGGCGGCGGUGGUGGUGGUGGUACGAGUGCGAUCGGCACGGACAGCAUGAACAAAAUCAUGACGAACCAGCUGAUGCUACAAAAUCUGCAAGCAAUGCUGGUGGCGAAUCCACACUAUCUGACCAGCGGCAUACCGACGCAACUGAUCUCACAAAUGGUGAUGGCGGAUCCCAGCAAGUUGCAGUUAAACCAAAUGCCGGAAGAGGAGGAAGCAGAGGAUGAAGAGAUGGGUGUUGCGGAAACGUAUGCCGAAUAUUGGCCAGCAAAAUUAAAAAUAGGUAAAAAGCAUCCGGAUCCGGUGGUGGAAACGGCUUCGCUAUCGUCCGUAGAACCAAGUGAUGUUUACUAUCAGGUUUCUAUCCCACCGGAAACGAUCAAUGGUGGAUUGUUGAGUGCGCUGCAGCUAGAAUCGAUCACGUACGCGAGCCAAGCGCACGCCCAUCUACUGCCGGACGGGACACGGGCCGGCUUUUUGAUCGGGGAUGGCGCCGGUGUUGGUAAGGGACGUACGAUCGCUGGUAUUAUCUACGAGAACUAUCUGAAAGGGCGCAAAAAGUCCAUCUGGAUAUCGGUCUCGAAUGAUCUGCGGUACGAUGCGGAGCGCGAUUUGCGAGACAUAGGUGCUGGCAAACUCGAGGUUCUUGCACUGAACAAGCUAAAGUAUGCCAAAAUAAAUUCCUCGGUAAACCAUAACGUCAAGAAGGGUGUCAUAUUCGGCACAUAUUCCGCACUGAUUGGAGAGUCGCAGAGUACGACCGGGAAGUAUAAAUCACGCCUAAAGCAGCUACUGCAGUGGUGUGGUCCAGACUUUGACGGUGUUAUCGUAUUCGAUGAGUGCCAUAAGGCAAAAAAUUUGUGUCCGGUCGGUUCAAGCAAGCCAACCAAAACGGGUUUAACCGCGCUGGAGCUGCAGAACAAGUUGCCGAAGGCGCGCGUUGUGUAUGCAUCGGCAACGGGUGCAUCCGAACCGCGCAAUAUGGCGUAUAUGGUGCGGUUAGGCAUAUGGGGCCAGGGAACACCGUUUCCGUCCUUUAACGAUUUUAUACAGGCCGUAGAAAAACGUGGCGUUGGUGCAAUGGAGAUUGUUGCAAUGGAUAUGAAGCAGCGUGGAAUGUACAUUGCUAGGCAGCUAAGCUUCCACGGUGUCACAUUCAAGAUAGAGGAAGUACCGCUGACGAAAGAUUUUAAACUGGUGUAUGAUGCAUCGGUUGAGUUGUGGGUAGAAGCGAUGCAAAAGUUUACCGAAGCGGCAGAACUGAUCGAUGCCGAAAGCCGGAUGAAGAAAACGAUGUGGGGCCAGUUCUGGUCGGCGCAUCAACGAUUCUUCAAAUAUCUUUGCAUCGCCUCGAAGGUGAACCACGCCGUUAAGGUGGCACGGGAAGCAAUCAAGUACGGCAAGUGUGUGGUAAUCGGUUUACAAUCGACCGGUGAAGCACGUACGCUGGAGCAGCUUGAACGGGACGACGGUGAGCUAAGUGAUUUUGUGUCGACGGCCAAGGGUGUGCUACAGUCGCUGGUGGAAAAACAUUUCCCCGCGCCCGAUCGAAGCCGUAUCAAUCGGUUGCUCGGGCUGACGGAUAGUCGCAUGCAGUUCAACAGUAUUCUGGAAGAUAUUGCCCGUAGCAAGGAGGCUGCAUCGUCGGGGCUGGAUGCAAAGCGUAAACGAGCCGGAACGACGAAAGCUGCCGGUGUGCCAAAGUCAAAGCGUUCCAGAAACAAUGGCUCAUCGGAUGAGGAUGGGUCGGAUACGGAUGCAUCUUCGUCCGCUUCUUCCCCGAAACGAUCGAAUGAAUCCGAUUUUCAGCCUUCGGACAGUGAGCCGGAAGAAAGUGACGGCGACCAUUACGAUAGUGCGGCCAGUCAAAGCGAUGAGUAUAAUCCAUUUUUCACCGGCUCUGGCAGUGACGAUGAUGAUCCGUGGGUGAGCAGCAAAACGAAAUCGUCCGUUAGUAAAUCGAAAGUGAAGACGAAAAGUAAAUCUACUGCCCCGCCGACAGUAGCGACACCGGUGGCGACGGUAGCAACUACACCCGUGCCCCCCGUCAGCGGCACGACGGCGGGAAGGAAGAAACCGGUCAGCACGCAGGACAAAAUACAGGCACACCUGACGAAGAAACAAACCGACACCAAACCGACCACCAUCCAGUCCAGCAAUGGUUUCUCCAUCCAGCUGGCCGGUGGUCCACCGCCCAAGGAUGCGAUUGAACGUGCGUGCCAGAUGAAGGACGAGCUGUUGGCGAAAAUCGAACGGCUCGGUGACCGGCUGCCGGCCAACACGCUCGAUCAGCUGAUCGACGAACUGGGCGGACCGGAAAAUGUGGCCGAAAUGACGGGUCGCAAGGGACGCGUGGUACAGAAUGACGACGGAUCGAUACAGUACGAGUCGCGCUCGGAGCAGGACGUACCGCUGGAAACGCUCAACAUAACGGAGAAGCAACGCUUCAUGGACGGUACCAAGGAUGUGGCAAUCAUCUCCGAAGCGGCCUCGAGUGGUAUUUCGCUGCAAAGCGAUCGCCGGGUGCGCAACCAGCGGCGGCGCGUACACAUAACGCUAGAGCUGCCGUGGUCGGCUGAUCGCGCGAUACAGCAGUUCGGUCGUACGCAUCGCUCGAAUCAGGUGAACGCACCCGAAUAUAUGUUCCUUAUCUCAGACCUGGCGGGCGAGCGGCGAUUCGCUUCGACCGUCGCGAAGCGGCUGGAAUCACUCGGCGCACUGACGCACGGUGAUCGACGGGCGACGGAAACGCGCGAUCUGUCGCAGUUUAACAUCGACAACAAGUACGGUCGGACGGCACUGGAGGCGGUGAUGAAAACGAUCAUGGGCUAUGAGGCACCGAUUGUGCCGCCACCGGCCGAUUAUCUCGGUGAUUUCUUCAAGGACGUCGCUGGGGCGCUCGUUGGCGUGGGUCUCAUCGUAAACAGCGAACAGAUGCCGGGUGUGCUGAGCCUGGACAAGGACUACAACAAUAUAUCGAAGUUCCUGAACCGCAUUCUCGGCAUGCCGGUCGAGCUGCAGAACCGUUUGUUUAAGUACUUUACCGAUACCCUGGAGGCUACCAUCGAGCAGGCGAAGAAGCGUGGCCGGUUCGAUUUGGGUAUCUUGGACCUUGGAGCAGCUGGUGAAAACGUUACACGUAUAAAGCUAAUUCGGUUUGCCCGCAAACAUUCAACAGGCAUUGCGCCGACCGAACUGCACGUCGUUAAGGUGGAGCGAGGCAUGAUAUGGCAGGAAGCAAUCGACAAGUGGUCAGAGUUGGGUGGUGAAAAGGAAGGUUUCUACAUCUCGCAACAUCCUCGCAACGGCAAGUACAACGCAAUACUUGCGAUCGAGAUCGAAACGCCGGCGAAAAAGAAAACCCUUUCCGGUGGUGAUGUGAAGGGCAAGAAGGAAGUGAUACAUUUCCAGAUCUACCAUCCCAAUACGGGGCUACAGUUCAAGCACGAGACGCUAGCUGAGCUGGAGAAGAAGUACAAAAAGGUGCUCAGCACGGAAGCGGAACCACACUGGACGCAGCUGUACGAUGCAUCGAUAAAUACCUGCUCGCACAACUACUGGAAGGGCCACUGUCGUAAUGUUUCGCUUGGGCAUGAAUGUGAGGUUGGUUUACGACGACGUACGUACAGUGUGCUUUCCGGUUCGGUACUCGCCGUAUGGGCACGGGUCGAGAAUAGUCUCGCGGCGCGAAUUGGUAACCAAUCGCGGCUGCAGGUGAUUCGCCUGAAAACGAAGGAAGGCGUCAAGAUCGUCGGUACGCUCAUUCCAAAGAACUGCGUCGAACAGCUGGUGAAGGAUCUGGCCAGCGAUUCCGAGAAGGUGGAUGAAGUGAUCUUUGACGAUCAGUAAAGUCGAAAGUCGGCCACGGCGACGUAAUCUUGAGUCCAGCGUCGAAAUGCAAAAGGUCUUUGUUUUGUUUUCGUUUCAGUCACAAACAUGCAAUUAGUUCCUUCCUUUCUUCAGUUAUUUCCAUUUUCCAAGCGUGUUUGGAGAAUCCUUGGGAGAUAUAUAGUCAGUAUGUUCGAAUCGAAUGUUUUAAUCGCAAAAUAUUAAAUUAUUAUCGAUCAAAAAUCAUUUUUUUUUUUCAUUUUGAAAGUUUGUCAUCAACUACUCCUAUUUUAACGUAACUUUUUCAAAUGUUUUUAAAUUCAGAUUAUGUUUUUGAAGAAAUCGCAAUUUUGUAACUUGUCAUUUUUAGUGUUUUUUUAAAUAGAUUUUACAUGGAAACAUUUUCUAUGCAAUGUAUGUUAACAUGUAUUUACUUUCGUGCUUGGCUGGUGUAUAUCUCCCCUUAAUAUACCCAAAUGGAUUUUUUUUUCGUCUAUGCCGCUCCUGAUUCGAUCUAGCAGAAUAGAUUGUUUCGUUCGAAACCAAUUCGUAGCGAUCAUUUAGCUACUUAAACACCCCUUUUCCGGCGCAUGUUUCCAACCAGAGAAGAUGAGAUUUUGUUUUUUGCAAAUUCAAAGCGGAUCAUUUCCAUAACUUUCAUGUAGCUCUGACGUGCGAGUCACGUCUUUAAACGCGAACAUAAGACAAAGUCGUGUGACCCUAAAUAUCACUCGCACACCCACACACACAUACACACUCACACACAUUCAAAAGAGAGUAGAAGUCUUAGUGUAACGAUAGUUUCCUAGCUUUCCGCCCCCCCCCCUCCGUUUAGGUUUGUAGAGAGACUGUCCUUCGAGGAAGAACCAAUUUUGUUGUGUAAAGUUUGUACAAAUUAUCUUAGUUUAACGAACCCCUCCCCCCAAAGGAUGCCGCAGUACUGGAACCGUAGGUACUUUUCCGUUUUUAAACUGCGUACGGAAAUAUUCAAACAGAUAAUGCGCUGAAGGUUAGAGCCGGUGUCGCAAUCGCGUUUUUUUCCCGUAAUGUACUUUCGCCUGACUCUAGCGCGCACGUUUGCGUUCUGCUUUAAUAUUAACGUAUCCUUACUUCAGUGAGACUAGCGAUAUUUCUUGUCAUUGGGAAAAAGAUAGCCAAUAAAGGAUUUAGUGAAAACGUCAAAAUAAAA